AUGUUGGAGAUCGUGAUGAAUUGGAGUUGCCACCAUUGGGGGAAUUUGGGCCUACUGGAGCGCUGUUUAGUGAUGGUAUUCCACAAAUUGAAGCAGGUCGUUGAGAGGAUAUCACAGAGAUUUCCGUGGAAUCGUUUAGUGUUCCUGGCGUCGAGGUGGUCGAUAUAUAGGACUCCGCACUACCAGCAAUUUCAGAAGACGCAGUAUCGGAUUUAUUAUGUUGAUGAGAAUCCUUGCGUUGAGUCCCUUUCAGAUGUUGAUGUUGGUGUGCUGACGACGUGGAGUCCUGAGACUUUGACGACCCAAUCAUUUUCCCAAUGCCGAUUUGAUGACAUCUGUCACCGAGAGACGUCCAUUGACACUGACUUGAUUAACUCCAGCGUAGACUAA